AUUAUUGACGUAUUGGAACAAGAUGGCCCCUCAAGAACUAAUGGAAUAUCUCUCGCUUUUGGAGAUCUGCCUUCAUCAGUUCCGAUACGUGGGCCGCAGAUCCAUCGCAAGGACCCAAGAGGCCCAGGGCUCCAAGUUCUCUGUGGCUGAGAGGAAGACACAGACGAUGCCAGCUCUCCGCAGCCGGCUAGCGUCAGUGCACGCCAGACUCCAGCAGGUCGGGCACAUGGACAGCUCGUUCACCCUCAACCACAGUGCUGGGAUCAGUGAGGUGGAGGUCAGUCACCAGUCUCUGGUGGAGGGGAACCUGGCCACUGAGGUGUCACUGACUGUGCUCGACUCAGUCUCCUGCUUCAUCCACAACUUCAAGAACCAGCUGAUCCAGGAUGAUGGCCACAACCUGCUGAUGAAGAAAGUGUUUGACAUCCUGCUGCUGCUCACCGGCGGCCAGUCCGAAACCGCCAUGAGACACACCUUCGCCUCUCUAUGGGCUUUCAUCAGCAAGUUCCCAGCCACGUUUUUUAAAGGCAGGGACAGUGUCUGUGCUACAUUUUGCUAUGAAAUCUUGAAAGGCUGCACCUCGAAGCUGAACUCGACUCGCAGUGAAGCCUCCGCGCUCCUCUACCUGCUGAUGAGGAACAACUUUGAGUACACCAAGAGGAAGACCUUCCUGAGAACACACCUACAGAUCAUAAUUGCGGUGAGCCGACUAAUCGCUGAUGUUGUGUUCACCGGAGGAUCCCGCUUCCAGGACUCUCUGGCCAUCAUCAAUAACUUUUCCAACAGUGACAAGGCUCUCAAGUCGACCGCCUUCCCGGGCGAGGUGAAGGAUCUAACCAAGAGGAUCCGCACGGUGCUGAUGGCCACAGCCCAGAUGAAGGAGCACGAGAAGGACCCUGAGAUGCUGGUUGACCUUCAGUACAGUUUGGCCAAGUCCUACGCCAGCACGCCGGAGCUCAGGAAGACCUGGCUGGGCAGCAUGGCCAAAAUCCACACAAAGAAUGGAGACCUCUCUGAGGCAGUGAUGUGUUUCGUUCACGUGGCAGCCGUGGUCGCGGAAUACCUCCACAGGAAAUCUAACUGGUAA